AUGAGUCUGGAGCCAGAAUCUCCAAGAGAGGAACAGGGCUUUCUGGGGCUGGGACCCCCCACCAUGGCUGUGUCCCCUACACCCCAGCAACAGGAAUAUGGUAAUGGCAGUGCUACGGAGGGAAGGCUAAAUGAGAGUGAGGCUUCUGGGACACCUGGAGGAUUUCAUUCUUAUGACUGGAUGGACGUGUUCUCUCUGCUUGUUACCUCCCUUGGGCUGCUGGGGAACGGAACGGUCCUGUGGCUCCUGGGCUUCCGCAUCAGGAGGACCCCCUAUUCUGUCUACAUCCUCAACCUGGCGGGGGCCGACGCCCUCUUCCUGUGCUGCUCUUUUCUGAUCUCCUUGAGAAGACUUGCUACCUGUUUUUAUUAUAUAAUGUACAUGGUCGUGCUCUACCUCCAAUGCAUGUCCUACACUGCGGGCCUGAGCCUCCUGGCGGCGAUCAGCACCGAGCGCUGUCUCUCCGCACUCUUCCCCCUCUGGUACCGAUGUCGCCGCCCCAAGCACACGUCGGCCGCGGUCUGCGCCGGGCUCUGGGCUCAGGCCGGAGUGAUCGAAGUCACAGAGUUUGUCACUCGGAAUUAUUUGGCCCCUCGCCGUUUCUGCAACUUCCUCACUAUCUAUUUUGUGUGUUUCGUCCUCCUCACCUGCAUCCUGUGCGUGUCCAGCCUGACUCUGCUGCUGCGGGUCCAGUGCAGCUCCCGGCGCCGGCGGCCCCCCAGACUCUACCUCCUGGUCCUGCUCACAGUCCUUGUGUUCCUGCUCUGCGGCCUGCCCUGGGGGAUCGAAGGUUUCAUAAAUGAUCGCUUCAGAAUAGAACUUAUGCCAGAUAUCCUCCCUCAUUCCCUGGCUUGUGUGAACAGCAGCGUGAACCCCUUCAUUUACUUCUUCCUGGGAAAACAAGGGCAUAAAGGGAGGGAGUCUCUCAGGCUGAUCCUGCAGAGAGCCCUGGGGGAGGAGCAGGAGGUGGGAGGUGGGAUGAGGGACAUCCCCCACACCAACACCCAGGAGACUUCAUCAGGAGGCUAA